AUGGCGUCGGCUUUUCACCGAUGUCAGCAUUGUGGCUACGAGACGGAUCUUUCCAACAACAUGGCAGCGUUUGAAGACAAUCCACACUGCAGACAGUGCGGGUUGUCGGCCUCCGAGGGCGACUCCAAGAUGCAAGACGAUUUGAUCAACAUGAUGACUCGAAACCUCCAGCUGAGUCCGAUUCGUCACCAACAGGACAUGUCUAUGCCAUCAACCCCUCAAGUCAUUCCACAAGCCGCUCCCAUCACCUACAUCACCCAACACUACCACCACUCCAACCACCAAGCCCCGCCUCAUGAUGUCCCAGCGUCGUCAAUUCUCGAGCAACUGGGAAUCAAUGCAUCGGCAUUACUUCCCUCACAGUUGCAAUUAUUCAAGAAUGCAGAUGCAGAGCAAAGGCAAAGAUUAAUUGAGUUGUGGCAGAUCGCACCUCCAACCUAUGGGAAUCAAAUGCCCCCAGACAGUGUGGGCAACUGGCCACAGACAAGCAUGGAAAAAGAGGAGGAAGCUGCGCGGUAUAGACUGCAUUUGUCGGAGCAAGAAAGAUUGAAGAAUUUGAGCAUUUUGCCAGGGCCUGAUUUCCGCGGUGCAGAGCCUUACAUAGUGAAUGGGUACGAUCCUUUGCCUAACAUCAACGGUGUGACAGCCCCAACGGAGCACGGCUCUGGGGUCCUACAAGAAGAGCAAUAUCGACAAUCAAUUGAUCCAGCAUACAGCAGUCGAGAGUGGUGGCAUAUGGGGGACGACGAGCCGAUGGAGCACCAGUACGGCAUGCUUCAAGCAUAUGCAUUUCAGGUGGAUUAUACAGCUGCGAGGAGGAACGACGGAGAUGCAGAAAUGUCCUAG